AUGGCUAUCCAUAUACCGGGUCUGAUAAUGAUGGUCAUCUUCUACCUGCUUGUGCUGGGAACUGGCAUCUGGGCAUCUGUAAAAUCGAAGAAGAUGGAGAAAAACGCACUCAAUGGAUGGAUUGAAGUGUCUUUUUUGGCUAACCGCAGGGUCAAUUUGAUAGUGGGAGUCUUCACAAUGACGGCCACCUGGGUCGGAGGUGCUUUUAUCAUUGGAUUGGCAGAGACAGUUUAUGACCCCACAAAGGGACUAAUCUGGGCUCUUAUUCCUCUGCAAAUGUCAAUUUCCUUUAUUAUUGGCGGACUGUUCUUUGCGAAGCCAAUGCGGGACCAAAACUACAUCACGAUGAUGGAUCCAUUUCAGAGAAAGUAUGGGAAGACACUGACGGGGCUUCUUGCCAUUGUUCCAUUCAUCAGUGAACUGAUGUGGGUUCCUGUCACACUGAUUUCUCUGGGUAAUAUAAAAACACAAACACUUUGUCACAUCUGUCUCCAGAGGUUAUCUACUGCAUCAGAUAAAGAGCUACAGUGGGUGAUUCGCUUCUCCAUAGUAGUUGUAGGGAUUGUGGGAACAUCUCUGACCUACCUGGACAGCAGCAUCUUAGCAUUCUGGAUCCUGAGCUCAGACUUGACUUACACCAUAAUGCUCCCACAACUGAUCUGUAUCCUCUUCGUCAGGGUGUCCAAUGGCUAUGGGGCUGUUGAGGGCUAUGUUGUUGCUUUUGUGAUGAGAGUUUUGUGCGGAGAGCCCAUGUUCAAUCUUCCUGUGAUCCUGCAAUUCCCAGGUUGCACUUUAGAGGAUGGUGUUUACAUUCAGCACUCUCCCAUCAAGACCAUUUGCAUGCUGUCUGCUCUGGUUUCCAUUCUCAUGGUUUCAUAUGUGGCCUCACUCCUGUUUAACAAGGGGAUCCUUCCCAAGAGGUGGGACGUGUUUGAGGUGAAAUCCCAGGGAGCACCAACAGAUGGUGCCAGAGAAGGUGAUGGUGAAAAGGAUGAUGAACCAAUGCUUGAAACAGCUUACUAA